CCAUCCUGAACGUUCAAGUUUAACCAUCAAGAUGGCAUCUAUUGUAGUAACAAAAAUAGCAACUGGAACAACAGACGAACAAAUAGUAAAGUUCUUUUCUUUCUGUGGAAAAGUUAAGUCGUCUAGCUUUGAGCAAGAUACGACCCACAGGACUGCUUAUAUAGAGUUCGAAAGAGAAUCUGCUGCUCGUACUGCACUCUUACUCAACGGUGGUAAUCUCGAAGGAUCCCUUAUUGAAGUAUCCUCUAAAGAAGUCUCAAAUACCUCACCAGCUGCGUCACCAGCUGCGACUACUGAUAAGGCAUCACAAGCAGCCGCGAUGGAAGUAGACACUAUUAAUGAUAAUGUUGCACAGGAGGAUAAGCCACGUACAGCUAUCCUCGCACAAUAUUUGGCACACGGUUAUCACAUCGGUGACGAGGCUAUUCAGAAAGCUAUCGACUUAGACACUAAGCAUGGUAUUUCUAGCAAGUUUAUCACAUACAUAAAGCAACUGGAUACCGGUGUCGGAAAGAAGACUGGCGAACAACCACUUUCUUCACAGCUCUAUGAGAAAGCACAGGGCUUGUUCGGUAAGGCCAAGGAAAUUGACAAUCAGAAGGGUAUCUCAGAGAAGAGUACAAGCUGGUUUGGUCCAUACUACCAGAAAGCUCUCGCUUCUCCAUAUGCAGCCAAAGUGCAAAAUUUCUACACCAAUGCCUCAAAACAGGUUUUGGAUGUUCACGAGGAAGCACUCCGUAUCGCUGCACAGAAGAAAGAAACCUUCGUUAGAGACGGUGGUGAUACCAACGCUACAACAAUCGCAAAGGCUCCUGCUGACACUGAUGAGAAGAAAUCUGCUUAGUUUCACUUCUUUUUCUUAAUAGUUUUACGAGUAUUCUUAUGUCAUAUUACGAUUGAUAUGUUACAUUUAGGUAUAUUAACCAUUUAGUG